UAAUGGUACUGGACCUUUUUUGUCUCCCUUUCAUAAACGCUUCGAAAAAGAUAUCAAAUCCAGCCUAACCCCCAAUUUCCUCCCUGUCUUGUGUGUUUCUAGUUUCUACUUAUGACAAAUUAGAAAUUCAAGAAUCAUUGAAUCAUCAUCAUGAAUACUACUCUCCACAUUUUCCUCUACUUCAUGAUGUUCAUCAUUUUGUUCCUCAAUCUUGGCCUCCUCCAAUCAGGAAAUUUCUUGCACUUGAAUAGUGAUGCAAACACAACAACAACUCUUUCCAAUCCCAAACCAGAACAAGCUCACUUCAAACAUAGGAAGCUUAUGCUACAUGGCGAGUGCUCAAAAUGGGACAUAAGCAUCUCACAAAGCAGGUAUCCAACAUCAGGAAUCCCAGAAUUCAUAGUGCAGAUUGUGAACACAUGUGUGACUGGGUGUGCACCUUCCAACAUUCAUGUGAGGUGUGGAUGGUUUGCUUCCACAAGAAUGGUGAAUCCUAGGACUUUCAAAAGGCUGUCUUAUGAUGAUUGUCUUGUUAAUGGAGGCCUCCCAUUGAAGAGCAGCCAGAGCAUUAGGUUCACUUAUGCAAAUUCUUUCAUGUAUCCUCUCGAGUUCAAGUCUGCCAGCUUCUGCUGAAAACCAGAGAGAGAAAGAGGGUUUUGGGAAUUAAUUGGAUGGAAAUUUACAGAAAUGAACCAUGAUUUGUUCAAGAAUCUGAUGAAGAUAUCAUAGAUAUUCUUGUAUAAAUCUUGUCAAUUUGCAUGUGGGGGAGGUGUAAAUUGUAAUUAGAUUGAAUUAAUUAGAUUUUUUGUGAUAGAUUUUUACUAUAUAUAUAUAUAUAUAUAUACUCUUGUUCUUACUUUUUAGUAGUAGAAUUUUG